AUGGAUAGAGACACCGUGGAAACUACCGGUAGUCGUCAGUAUUGUAACGAAAGGAACGUUAACGCUGAAGGAGUGGCUAAGGAUAUUUACGCUAAAGGGCGGUUAGCUGAAAAGUCUCAUUAUCCAAAUAUCUCAAAAUCGGAUAACUUCUUUGCUGUCAACCUUGGCUUUUCAAUGGAAGGAAGACCUGUCGCUCAUCCACAAUUAAAACUUGCCUACCUCAUCUAA